AUGGCAAAAAAAGGGAAAAAGAAAAGCAAGAAGGGACAACCAUUCGACUUCAACGCUACCGAACCUAAUAAUAAGAACGUCAACGAGGAAUCUCAGAAGAUAGAUGGCGCUGCAGCCCAGGCUGCAACAGCUGAAGAUGGCGAAAACAAAGUCCUUCACUAUCAUUCAUUCGAUCGCGACUCCCUUGUAUACUUGGGUGUUCCCGUGGCUUCCCAUCCCCCUCAAGCUAAUACGACUGUCGACAAUGAGAACAAUUCCACUGACACUGAAUCGAAGGAGACGGCCCCAGGGGAUCCUCCUACAGAACCGCCCAAGGAUGAGUCGACGCCGAUAGAUACCAGUGAUAUUCCCGAGCAGGCUGCUGGACAUAUAGAAACAGUACCUGAAGAGCAGCCGUCAAAAGCGCCCGUAACUGCGACAGACUGCCCCUCCUCUGAAGACGGAACGGCGAGUGAGAACACCGCUGAUACCUCUCCUACUGAGGAACACAUAGAUGUAUUGGCCGUGGAAGGGCAGAUAGGGGAAAAUGAUACAAAAGACCUAUCCAAGGCCCCAGACGAAACUGUAGAUGGCAGCAAUCCUAUUUGUCCCGAAGCGUCGGAUAACCUAGAAACAGUCGAAUCGUCUGGAACAGAGCCCAGCUCUAACAAUGGAGAAGAAGUACAGGAACCAGAAGUCCCCACUAAAGCAGCAAAUGAGGAGGAGCAACAUGAAGACGAAUCAACUUUUCCUGAUGUUGACCCUGCAGCGGAAAUCGAUCAAGUCGAAGCAGAAAAGGAGGCAGAAAAAAAUGAAGCUGUAAUUGAUGAUUUUGAUUUUGAAGAUCCUCGCGGCAAUGUUCUCGAAGCGCCGGAUCUCGAAGAUGACAAACUUACUUAUACUCUGGACGAGGCAGCAUCAGAGUCUGCUGCCGGUGAAUCAUUGUCUCCCGCAGACAACGAGCAUGAUGUUACCGAAGAGCCGCAGGCAGAUUCUGAAUCCGACCCUAACUGUACCACUGCAAAGACGGUCGUUGAUGAUGAGCCUAAAGAAAUACCAGGCAUUGAUGAUACCCUAGAUGACUGGACGGAAUGGGAAGAUAAACCGGCUGAAGGGCUCAAGGAGUCGCCUGCCCUGGAUGAGAACACUUCCGAUACGAAAGACGAUACCGAAGAAUCUUCCAGUGGAGAGGCUGUGGAGGAAGCCGUGGUAGGUGCAGAGUCUGGAAAACUAGUCGCAGAAGACGACGUACAAGAGAUAGAUUUGGCAGGUAAGGCGGAGGAGAAUACCAUGGAAACUCCUACGGAGACGAAAGAGUUAGAUAUCGACGUCGAGAAAGCCGGAUCUGAUGAACCGGAAGUUACUGUUGUGGAACCAUUUCCUGAAGACUUGGCCGCUGCUCAACCAGAACGAGACAUAGAUGAUGAUACGUUAAGUGAAGAAAAACAAGAACCCGAAGCAGUAAGUGAGGUGAUUGUUGAAGAUACACCUGUUGAAGUAGUUUUGGAGAAAGAAACGAAUGAAACUGUCACGGAAGCAACAGUCUCAACAGAAACUCCCUUAGAAAAGUGUCAACCGGAAGAGUCCCUACUAGAACAACCGACUAAAGAUGCUUCAGUUGAAGGGGCUGCCACUGAGAAAAUACCAGCUGAAGAGACACUAGUGCAAGAGGCUGCAGUUGAAGAGACUCCAGUGGAAGAGACUCCAGUGGAAGAGACUCCAGUGGAAGAGACUGCAGUGGAAGAGACUCCAGUGGAAGAGACUCCAGUGGUGGAAGAGGGAGAGGCUGAAGCAGCUGCAGUGGAAGAGACUGCAGCUGAGGAGACUCCAGGGGAAGAGACUGUGAUUGAAGAAGCUGUGGUUGAGGAGAUACCGGUGGAAGAGGUUGCAGUGGAAGAGGGUGUGGCUGAAGCAGCUGCAGUGGAAGAGACUGCAGCUGAGGAGACUCCAGAGGAAGAGACUGUGAUUGAAGAAGCUGUGGUUGAGGAGAUCCCGGUGGAAAAGGCUGCAGUUGAAGAAGCUGUGGUUGAGGAGACCCCAAUGGAAAAGGCUGCAGUAGAACAGGCUGCAGCUGAGGAGACUCCAGUGGAAGAGACUGUGAUUGAAGAAGCUGUGGUUGAGGAGAUACCGGUGGAAGAGGUUGCAGUGGAAGGGGUUGCAGUGGAAGAGGGUGUGGCUGAAGCAGCUGCAGUAGAAGAGACUACAGUUGAGGAGACUCCAGAGGAAGAGGCUGCGGUUGAAGAAGUUCCAGUCCCGGCAGACACGGCAACACCCAAGCUAGCCACAGACAAAACCAUUGCUGUGGGCUCCCCCAAUGUUGAAUCCGUGUGGUCGCACAGGCGGGAGCUGCCGGAAGAUACCAGGCGUAGAAGACGCAGGCAACGAGAAAGACACGAUAAUGCAACUUCUUUUGAACAUCCACCAGGGUUCCAGCAGUCAAGAGGCGAAAAGGAAGAGUAUAGAAAUGUUGGGCCUAAUAAUCUAACCGCAAGUCGGCUUCGGAAGGCCGCAAAAAUGUAUGCAGAGCAGGAGCAAGAAGAAAAGCGGAGGAGACGAAGACACAGGGAGGAAGAACGGGCCCCUCCGAAAUAUCACGAAAUUCGACGCGAGUCAGCAUCGAGGAGUCGGGGUAGCUCAAGUCAGAACGGCCUAUCUUCUCUUGCAGCAAAGCCCGUUGCUCUACUCAAACUUCUAGCCAAUGGAGAAUCAAAUACGUCGGGACCGAUUCUCAGGGUGAACGGGUCUAGUUCAGGACCAUCGAAAUCUCCUGCGCGCCAUUCUGAUUCUUCUAAUCGUUCCCACUCACAUGGCCAUGGUCACCACAGACAUAGGCGCCAUCACCGCGAUAGGAGUCCGGGUGUGGAAGAUGAACGACGUCGAAGAAGGGAGUUACUAGGAGAGGGUCCUCGUACCCACCGCGAGCAUAGAGAACACAAAGAACACCAUAAAUCAAGGAGGGAUAGUGACGCUCAGCCAAGGUCUGCUAGAAGGGACAGUUACACGCACCACGAGAAUCGAGAGCGACGGGGAGAACGGCGCCACUCUCGCAGGUAUGUUGAAGAUGAAGCCCCCACGGGUAUGAGACUUCGAGAUCGAAUCAAAGAAAGCCUGAGAGCUAUUAUUCCUGCAGCAGCAUAA